GUCGCGCCAAAGUCUUCAAGCUACAUCUCGUCGCAUCAGAACUUUUGUAAAAAUGGCGCCUUCGAGAACAAAAACAGUCAAAAAUAAACAUGCCGCGAACAAAUCCGGUAUAAGUUCCAGCAAAUCGUCAAAAGGAGGUCCGUCAGAUGGCAUCGUCAAGUCAAAACGGAAGGGUCCGGUGCUCUCGAAGCAAGUAAGAGGGAAAAACACUCCUGACCUACUGAAGAAGAAAAAGAAGAGGGUCUACUCGGAGAAGGAAUUGGGUAUUCCAGAAUUGAAUAUGGUGACCCCGGUUGGAGUUACAAAGCCUAAAGGGAAGAAGAAGGGCAAAGUUUUCGUAGACGACAAGGAAAGCAUGACCACGAUUCUAGCCAUGGUCCAGGCCGACAAGGAUGGAGAGAUCGAAUCCAAGAUGAUCAAGGCCCGACAGAUGGAAGAAAUCCGCGAGGCGAGAAGGGUUGAGGCGGAGAAGAAGGAGGACGAGAAAAAGGCAAAGCUCGACGAUACUAAGGAUUCACUGAGAAGAAAGAGGAAGAGGAUUAAGCAGUCUAAUGAGAACGACGACGGUGAUGGAAUCAAGGAAGUCGCAUCUGCUGGGACAAAAGCCACCAAACCUAAGAAGAAGAGGGUAUCGUUCGCCUAGGAGAUUUUGGAUGGGAAUAUGAAUGACUGGACGGCGUUUUGGCGUUGAUUCGGGCUACCCCCGAGAAAAUACGAGCAUUGAUCGAUAAGAUUAGCAUCAAAGCAUUUUCGUGAUACCCCCAGGACGAAAUUAAUACGGCUAUUACUAUGUGCAUGGGUCCAACCAGGCUGUUCAAGUUAGUUUAUCAUAUAACUAGAAGAUGAUUCCAGUCCCAACCAUAUUAUUUCCUCAAACAUACACCUUACACUCGGGAUGUAGCUUAGAAUGGUAUGCGACCCGACGGCUUGACUUAUCACUACCACCGACAUGAUUAACAUAGUCGUCAACCCUGCUAUAUAGUACGCUUGCGAGGAGGCCCAUCAAUAAAUGACUACCU